CUUCAUUUAAGGUUCUGAAAUAAGGGUUUUUAAAGCCUCUGAUCUCAAUUUUGAAACUGGAUUGUUAAGAACUGUUCGAACAUUAACCCCUAAAAAUGAUUAUUUUCGCUCUGAAAUGCAAUUAUUUUUGAUAAAUCUGCAUUUAACAAAGGACUAAAAAUUGCCUUAAGCCUACCCGAGUGAUUCAUCCAUUUCUUUCUUAAAUCAAUUUUUUUCGACAGAAUUUCUGAAAUUUUGGCAAUCCUUUAUAAACCUUGCAUAUCAGAACAAAGCUCUUGGGCGAAACAAUGAAUGCAGGUUUAUUUAUUUUAUUUUUAAAAUCUUAAAAACUUGGAAAACGAUUGGAACUGGUUUUUAACUAGAAAUCCGCCUUUUCAUUGAAAACUAGAAAUCCGCCUUUUCAUCUACUUAAUGACAGCUCAGGGGAUAUGCUUUGUUUUGUUUUCAAAAUUCGGAUAGACUUGUAUCCCCAAUACUUUUCUAAAAAAAAAUUAGUAAUUAAAAUUACAAAGACUCAGAAAAGCAGAAAUGGUUUUUUUGUUCCUAGUUCCAGACCCCCUUUACUCGCGGUUUGCUCGCGAUAUUUGCAAAUUAGUAUUGUUGCUUGGACUCUGUGUAUCUUUCGGUGGUUUUCUUCAGUUUUUUUCGUAUCUUUGUGAUUUGGCGUGUACAGAGGAAGAUCCUAGUUGUAUCUAAAAGUGUGCAGCGAAGUACAUAAAAUGGAAAGAAAGGGGAAAAAACCGAUUAGAAUCCUUAGGGAUAGUUUUACAUAUGGGAAAAAUGCAAAGAAUGCGCCUCAUAUUCUGGCAGUUUUUUCCGAAAUUCAAGAUAUCGUUGGUAGUUUUAAUGGAAAGUGGAAGGUUGAUUUUAAGGAUACAAAAAUUGACAGAACUGUUCAAUAUGAGUUUACUUUGCCAGCAGAUGAAACAAAACAAUGUGAAAUAGAAGAACACCUUGACAGCAUUGAUAUGCUGAUAAAUGAAGAAAUGUUGCAGACAACAUCGAACAGGGCAACAGAAAUGGAAGACUGUUCCAGUGAAAACCAGAAAACUGUAGAAUCUUGUGAAAGCGAAAGUUGUGGUGAGUCAAGUGAUGAAAGUUGGGCCCCGUCAAAAGAUGCACAUGUCCAUGAGGAAAGUGAACAAGGGCAUUCAAGCAAGUCAUUACAAGAAGACCUUUCAGUUGAAAGUCAUAAGCAGAGGAAAUCAUCUGGUGAGCAAAAUGUUACUGCACCCCAGAGAAGAAAAAUUUCGUGUCCCUUGGUAAUGUGUAAUGCCAAGGUCGUGCAUCUCCCAAGACAUAUGCGAAAUGUGCAUCACUGGACGAAGGAAGCUGCUUCGAAAGUGCUAUUAAAAUACAAUAUCAGACAGCGACUCACCAAAGAACCGAAGAAAAAAGAUUAUCGUUGCCGUCGCAAGUGUCCCAUUGAUGAUUGCCACUCGAUUGUUCGACGUUUACCAAAGCACUUGCAAAAGGUGCACAAGUUAGAUAAAGCAUCGACGAUGUACCAACGUGCAAUUGUAGAUGCUCCCGUUGCUCCAAAUCGUAAGCAUGCCAUGAUUAAGUGGCAAGAAGAACAGUUAAAGAGGAAGACAUGGGAAGUGGAUCGAAGCCACCAACAUCGCAAGGAACAAGAAGAAGAAGAUGAAGAAGAACAGGAUGAAAAUAAAGAGGUUAUUGGUGAAAAUAAGCGUGGACGUUAUGACCAUGAUGAUGAUGACGACCAUAAUGAUGAUGAUGACGACCAUAAUGAUGAUGAUGAUGAUGAUGAUGAUGAUGAUAAUGAUGAUGGUAGUUUUAAUGAUGACGAUGGCGAUGACGAUGACGAAGAUGAAAGCAGCAGCAUGGAAGAUGUGAAACAGCAGACAAAAUCAACAUUACCACCUGUAAUCACGGAGUUUCAAGAGUGGUUGGCGUCUCCUGAUGGCAGCAAAAAAGAUGAAAAAACGGUCAUGCAACAUGGUUCUCAGCUGUAUAUCCUGCUAAAAGCCAUCGAUGAUUCAGAGAACAUUCAGUCCCUAUUUGACCUGAAGUUAAUCCGUCAAGUUUUUCUAAAUGUGCAUGUGAAGCAGAAAAAGUACGAAGCUGGCACAAUCAAGUCGUACCUCAUGAGUCUGCGGCAUUUCUUUUCGUUUGUGCUGUCUGACAAACCGGAAAGCAUCAAAUUCAAUUGGGUGGACGUAAGCUCUGCGCGGGAAAAGGUAAAGAUGUGGUCUGCGUCAUACAAGAGAGAGUCUAACACAAGAAAAUGGCAAAAGCUUGAGGAAGAUAUGCUUAACCGUUUGACGCCUUCAAAUAUCAGGAAGCUGGAGAAAAGUGCGGCAGCUCGAGAGGCUAUUAAGAUAAUUGGACAAUACUCUGAUUCAGCCGAGUCGACCCCUGUUACCCAAUCCAGUUACACCCUUGUCAGGGAUUUCCUAUUUACCCAAAUAUUCAUAGAUAAUGCCAAUCGACCAGGUGUCUUAGCUCAUAUGACGAUGGAGGAAUUUACUAACAUCCGAAAACAAGAUGACCAUUAUCUAAUAACAGUGAAGAAACAUAAAACGGCGCAUGUUCAUGGACCAGCUCGUGUCGUAUUGAGCGAAAAGCUGAAGUCGUGGAUGUCGGUAUUUGUUGGUGUGAUGCGAGCCCAUGUUACAACCCGAAUCAACGGUCCAGUAUUCUUAUCCUGGAAUGGAAAUGGUAUGAAUUCUGGGCACAUCACUAAGGCAGUACAAUCUGUGUUUAAAAAGGCUGGAGUGGACGUUAAAAUAACUUGCACCUCGUUUCGUAAGGCAGCAGUAACCAAAGUACACAUCGACAAGCCAGAAAUGAAGAAGUCGAAAACGUCCAUAGAAGCUUCGCGAAACCUUGGACGGCUGAUGCGAACCGACGAUGGAGGUGGAGAUAUUCUCGAGACCGCCACUACAGUAGAGGAAACAAUGGCUGUUGAUGGUAAGGGAAAGUCUUCCCCAUGCGAAUCAUCCGAGAGUGAAAGUAAAAGAGCUCCUUGGACUGACGACGACGUUGCCAAAAUUAAGAAAAUAUUCCAGAAGGAUAUAUUGAAGAAUAACGUAACCCUGGAUGUUGUUCGUCAUGGUGUCGAAACACAUGAAGAGCUUUGUGGCAUGUCACCAAGGCGAAUUUACGACAAGUUAAAGAAAGAGGGCAAGAAAAAUUUAGGUGAACUUGUUCCUGUCAUGGAGCUACCACAAGAGCACGAUUCUUUGGAAGAUAAAUUGGAUCGUAUGGAAGAUGUGCAAAAGCAUGCAGAAGAAUCAGGAACCAACGAUGACCAGUUAUCCACAAGCAUCAUUGCCCCUACAGAAAGGAAUAGCCUCUUCAAUUGUGACGAAGUCCAAACCAUACAAAAAUUGUUUGAGGAUAUGAUUCGGAAAACCGUGAUAAUUUCCAAAGUUGAAGUUGAAAAGAGAUGUUCUGGCAGCCGUGAUGGACGUAGUUUGUUGCAAAAGUCAACGCCUAUUGCCUUAGUCAAUAGAAUAAAAUAUGAACGAAGAAAACAUAGAUUGGCAAAAAACGUUAAGUAA